GCUCAUUCGAAUCGGUCGUCCCGAACUCGAGCCCGCCCUUACCUGCCGCCGCCGCAAAAAUGUCCGCCACCGUCUACAGCCUCCCAGCGUUGCCGUACGCCUACGAUGCCCUCGAGCCCAGCAUCUCAGCUCAGAUCAUGGAGCUUCACCACUCCAAGCACCACCAGACUUACGUCAACAAUCUGAACGCCGCCCUCAAAACGUACGCGACCGCGAGCUCUUCCGGAGAUAUUGCGGGUCAGAUCGCUCUCCAAGGAGCUAUCAAGUUCAAUGGAGGGGGCCAUAUAAAUCACACGCUCUUCUGGGAGAACCUGGCCCCCGCGUCAUCACCUGAGGCUGCGGAUCCUCAAAGCAGCGCGCCGACCUUGAUUGCGGCCAUCACCCAGACCUGGGGCGGCCUGACGGAGUUUAAAGCGGCGUUCUCAAAGGCGCUUCUUGGACUGCAGGGUAGUGGCUGGGGGUGGUUGAUCCGAGACGGGCCGCAACUGCGUAUCAUUACAACCAAGGACCAGGAUCCAGUGGUCGGCGGCGAGGUUCCAAUCCUCGGGCUGGAUUUGUGGGAGCAUGCCUUCUACCUUCAGUAUCUCAACAAUAAAGCAGCCUACGUUGAGAACAUCUGGAAUGUCAUCAACUGGAAGACGGCUGAGCUACGGUUCAAGGGAGGGCGUGAUGAUGCCUUCAAGUUACUCAAAGCGUCAAUGUGAGCUCUGAUUGGCAAAACCAGAUGUAAUUUCUCAUCAAACUCGCCCGAUGCCUUGUAGCGUAAUUACGAAUUUCAGAGAAAUGUCUCUAUGUAUACUCGCUAGCCUCUGGGAGCUCCAGCGCUGAACGCUGCCAUUCGAUAUGUAAACUACGAAGAGACUAGCCGCUGCAAAAUUUGUCGACGCCCUACGAAGCACUAUAACCCGCCGGUCGGGCUAUCAACGCGGCAGCCCUCGCGAAUGCGUCAUUCUAGCAGCAACGGCAACAACAGCAUUGCUUAUUCUUAGCGCCGCUAUAGUGCUCCGUUACAGCAGCAUUCGCGGAGGGUAUCAGCCUGGAAAGUUUACCCUAACCACGCAACUCUAAGGAACCCUGGUUGUGUUGGCGGGCUUGUGUAGAUAUAGCUGUGGGUGUGUAAAAUAGUAUAUCUCAUAGUCAUAUAAAGUAGUACUGCCUGGUGGCGGCGAUGCUUGCUCAUACUCGACCC